UGGCAUCCCGCUAAACAGCGAUCCCAAGAUAAAGAUUCCGCAUGGCCCAGGUGGUGGCUGCGUAACCUCGGGACCCUUCAAGGAUUGGACUGUCAAUCUUGGCCCGUUGUUUCCCGCAUCGGAAUGCGUUGCACUGAAUCCCAACCAGGAUUUUGGCCCUAGUUAUGGCCUCGGCUACAACCCACGUUGCCUUAUGCGCGACAUUACCAGCUUUACCGGCGAGGGAUGGCUGAAAGAUGAUGACGUGGUUUCUCUGCUCAAGAGCGACAGUUACCAAUCCUUCUGGGAAAACUUGCAAGGCGGCGCCCCUCCGAACAACUUCGAGAACAACUUUAUGGGCGUGCAUACUGCUGGUCACUUCAUCCUUGGUGGCGAUCCUGCAGGAGAUUUCACAGCCUCUCCUGCUGAUCCAUACUUCUUCUUUCACCACGCGUCGAUUGACAGGCUUUAUUGGACUUGGCAAAACCUGAAGCCGAGUGAGCGCACGAAGGCUUUAUAUGGUCCUACCGCCAUGUCCAAUCUUACCUCGCCCGCUGCGACUCUCCAAGACACUCUAGACAUGGGAUCGGCGUACCCUGGGUCCAUCACCAUUGAAGAUGCCUCAAGCACGAUGGGUGGUGCACCGUUUUGUUACACCUAUAUAUAGACUUCCAUACCUUAGACUUCGUUGUCUUUAGUAGAAUUAAUGAUCA